AUGGCCGGUAUGGACGUCAGCAAUAAUUACUGGGGUGGUGAUACAUGGACUUAUUUAUUACUAUCCAACAAUGCAGACCUGCCUGCAAUGGAACGGCAAAUUCCAGGCUACCUGCGCAAACUCAAUGACCCGAAUGCAUCAGCGGUAUGGAAACUGCGUUUUCUGCCACUGAAGGAUAUUUACUUAAAAUCCUCGCUUAUUGCUACCAGCCCGAUUACUUAUGUUUAUGUCUUUAUCCUGAUUGGACUGUUUAUACUCGCAUUGGCCUGUUUCAAUUAUAUCAAUCUUUCUACUGCCCGGGCUUCCACAAGGGCGAAGGAAGUGGGUGUCCGUAAAGUAAUGGGGUCAUCAGCCGGCAAACUGCGCUGGCAGUUCAUUCUGGAAACCGCAGUAUUUGUAACAGGUGCAGUUAUCAUCGCGCUGCUGCUGUUAAAACUGGGCCUGCCAGCUUUUAAUCAACUGGCUGCAGAAAAUCUUUCAUUGAAGUCUUUACUGAACCCGGGGAGUAUUGUAUCGAUAAUCGCCGGUCUUGUACUCAUCAGCAUUAUGUCGGGCAGUUAUCCUGCUUUUAUCCUGUCAUCUUUCCGGCCUUCAAAGGUAUUAAAAGGUGACAGCACGCCGGGACAGGGCAGGAACUAUUUAAGAAAAACCCUGGUGGUAGUACAGUUCACUGUAUCGACGGUCAUGAUUGCUGCCACUAUCAUUGUAUACCAGCAAUUGCAUUUUAUCAGGACCAGGGAUCUUGGUUACCAGCGUGAACAAAUAUUAACCGUUGACCUGCGGGAUGCGCCUGCCAACAGCAAGGAGCAGUUUACCAGGGAAGUCGGCAAACUUUCAUUGAUAAAAGCGGUAUCAAGGGCCUACAGUUUGCCGGGCAGUGGUAUACUGCAGGGCAUGAAACUGGUCAGUGAGUAUGUUCCCAAAGGCAGUAAGGACGCGGGUAUCCGCCGGCUUACGCUCGAUGAUGGCUACCUGAAAACGUUCGGUAUCGGGCUGGCAGAAGGCAGGAUGCUCAAUGCAGCCAACCCUUCAGAUAAGAGCGCAUUCAUGAUCAAUGAGGCUGCCAAAAAAUAUUUUCAGUGGAAGGAUAUCAAUGGUAAAAUGACAGGGUAUUAUACUUUCCAGUACAAACCCGAUGGCAGUUAUGAAGAAGUUCCGGUAAGGGGCCCGGUAGUGGGCGUUAUCAAAGAUUACAAUCAUGCUGAUUUGAGCUCCGUUGUUGAGCCCAUGAUUAUUUCCCUCAACGAAGGCUACGAAAGCCAGACAGCCAUCAGGAUUGUUCCCGGCAGCGCUGAAAAGGCCGUGCAAAAGAUGUACGCAGAAAAGAAAUUGGCAUCCGCAAAGUGCUGGGUGCCUCCGUCAGCUCUAUUGUAA